UUUUAGUUCGCCUCUACCGGCUUUUGGCUUCUGUUUUGUUUCCCGUCCGUUGUCAAAUUCCCAGCGCUGCUUCGGCCUGUUUUGGCCCCGUCGAGCGGCUCGACUCGUUGUUGGCCGACCUGGAGUAGCGAGUGACGACUUCGACAACCGACCGAGCGAGAGGUGGAGUUUUGUCGACUGGGGAGGGAGGAGAAGAAAGCAAGCGUAGGGAAGGAGGCGAACCCGGACGCGUCGGACGGGAGGGGAAAGAGAGGAAAAAAGAAAAAGCAGCGGAACCAAGCGUGAGGUCGUUGUGGAUGAAUUUGGCUAAUUUCAUACCAAAAAAAAAGUUUCUCCACAAGUGUCGACGGCGAAGAGGACGACGACAGCAACAAGAUGUUAACGCCCUACUUCGUGGACAAUUUCUGGGGUGAAAAGAACAAUGGCUUCGAUGUGCUGUACCACAACAUGAAGCACGGGCAGAUUUCCUCCAAGGAGCUGACCGACUUCAUCAGGGAAAGGAGUGUUAUCGAAGAGGCCUACGCCAGGUCCAUGACCAAGCUGGCCAAGACGGCGGGAAACUUUUCCCAGCUCGGGACGUUUGCGCCGGUGUGGGAGGUGUUCAAGGGCUCCACGGAAAAGCUGGCCAUCUGCCACAUGGAGCUGGUGCGCAAGCUACAGGAGCUCAUCAAAGAAGUGCACAAGUACGUGGAGGAGCAGGCCAAAGCGCACAAGAAGACAAAAGAAGAGGUGGCGUCCACCUUGGAGGCCGUGCAGAACAUCCAGAGCACCGGGCAAGCCCUGCAGAAGUCCAAGGAGAACUACAACGCCAAAACGGUGGAGCAGGAGCGCCUGCGCAAGGAAGGGGCAACUCAGAGAGACGUGGACAAGGCGGGAAUAAAAGCCAAAAAAGCCACGGAGACCUACAAGUCGUACGUGGAGAAAUACGCCUAUGCCAAGUCUGACUUCGAACUCAAGAUGGAGGAAACGGCACAGAAAUUCCAGGACAUUGAAGAAAGCCACAUCCUCCACAUGAAGGACAUCAUCAAGUCGUACUCGCAGUCUGUGGAGGAAACGCACGUCCAAAUAGGAGAGGUUCACAAUGAAUUUAUGAGAAACGUGGAGAACACCUCAGUGGAGAGCUUAAUACAGAAACUGGCCGAAAGCAAAGGAACGGGAAAGGAGAGACCAGGGCCCAUUGAGUUUGAGGAGUGUAACGCUGCCAUCGCUACUGAAGGUGCCAAACCGAGGAGGAGAAAGCCAUUUGGCAUCCCAGGACGCAGGAAAGACAAAGACACAGAUUCCACGGAAUCAACGGAAGCAGAAAGUAACGCUGCCAACGGCGCUCACCCCGGAUACUACGGGGCCAUAGACAUUCAGAACACUAAUGUUCCGCGAGUCGACGACGAGGGUUUCUGCAUCCGGCCGGACGCCAUGGAGAAUGAUGCCAAAGAGAACUCCUUCUACUCGUCCAGCGACUCUGAGGACGAGGACGAGCCGCGCAAGUUCCACGUGGAGAUCAAGCCCGUGCAACCGAACAACGACACGCACCAGAACCGCGCCACCAUCGACGAGCUCAAGGCCUCCAUCGGCAACAUCGUCCUGUCGCCGUCCACCUCGGGCCAAAUGCGGCGGAACCAAUCCAGCGAUGAGCUGGCCAAAGCCAGAGUGCCGGCUUCUUACGAACUGACCAACAACGACCUCCUGUCCUUGGAUCCGCUCGGGCCAUUCCUAACCGCCGCGCCCUCCCAACCCGUGCCCACGUCCACAGCGCCCAACCGCCCGACAACUCCGCUGACGGCGGGCGCGCUGGUGCCGCCGCCCCGCCCCUCCUCCAGGCCGAAACUCCCCACGGGAAAACUGAGCGGCAUCAACGAAAUUGCGAGACCCUUCAGUCCGCCCAAGGCGCCCGGCGCCAGUCCGCCACCCGCCGCCCCGCUGGCCCGCGCCGAGAGCUCGUCUUCGCUGUCCUCGAACGCCUCGCUCAGCGCCGCGAACACACCUACUGUUGGCACGUCCCGCGGCCCCAGCCCCGUGACGCUGGCGUCCCAGGAUGCUUUGCCCAUCGCGGUGGCCUUCACGGAGUCGGUGAAUGCCUACUUCAAAGGUGCUGACCCCACCAAGUGCAUCGUGAAGAUCACAGGUGACAUGACUCUGUCGUUCCCUUCGGGCAUCAUCAAGGUGUUCACGGGCAACCCCUCGCCCGCCGUGCUUACCUUCAAGUUAAAGAACACGGGCCGGCUGGAGCAGAUCCUCCCCAACCAGCAGCUCCUCUUCAGCGAUCCGUCCCAGAGUGACUCGGAGUCCAAGAACUUCUGGUUCAACAUGCAAGCGCUGACCGCCUACCUCAGGAAAGCCUCGGAGCAAAACCCCGCCGCCUCCUACUACAACGUGGACAUCCUCAAGUACCAGGUGCAGUCAGACGGGAUCCACUCCACGCCGCUGAACCUGGCCGUAUACUGGAAGUGUACUUCGAACUCCACGGAGCUGCGCGUGGACUACCGCUACAACCCGGACUCCAUGGCGGCACCGGGUCCGCUGGGCAACCUGCAGGUCCUGGUGCCCGUGGACGGGGGCGUCACCAACAUGCAGUCGCUGCCCGUCGCCCUCUGGAACGCGGAGCAGAAUAAAUGUCUGUGGAAGCUGAGCGACAUUUCAGAAAAGUCUGACAACGAAGGCGCCGGCUCUCUGCGGGCCAAGUUCGAGGUGUCGAACGGCCCGUCCGACCCGUCCACGCUGGCGGUUCAGUUCCUGAGCGAGGGCAGCACGUUAUCGGGCGUGGACAUGGAGCUGCAGGGCAGCGGCUACAGGCUGUCGCUCAGCAAGAAGAGGUUUGCCACAGGUCGCUACAUGGCAGACUGCUGAGGCUGUUUUCCCUCGACUCGCUUUAAACAAAAGCUACCCCGGACCCCCUGCCGCCGCUGGGAAUCACUACAAUAAAGCAGCACUGAGUACUGAACACUGUUUAAUGGAGAAAUAAAAAACAACGCAAAGGUGAGCCUUGGGGGGCGUGGAGCUUAUGACGUCUUAAGUGACGCGUUCAGGCUCUUUAUACUUUAUGGAUUUAUCCAAAUCAUCAGUGUAUAUUUGAAAUCAUAAAAAGAGGAAGAAGAAAAAAAAACAACUAACAAUCUUUUCGGGCGCUCUUUAUUUUUUCACCGCAAUUCCGCACACUGUGUAAAAUUAACAGCUAAAAAAAUCUUUGAUCGUUUUGUUUCUCUUUAAUUGUGGACGGUUUGCAAUGGAUGAAGUGUCAGUCUCAUCGCACAAAAGAGAGAGAGAGAGAGAGAGAGAAGGAAGAAAAACAAAAAACAGGACCUCAGUGCCUCCUCGCAAAACUGUGCUCGUUUUUUUUUGAAACGCACAUUCGGGUUUCAGGGCUCUUUUGUCAGCGUCCUUUUUAAAUGUUUUUUAAACAACUGCAAAAACGUUGCAAUGCUUUAAAAAUCCUCCAAAUUCAUUUGUAGCCUUUCAAACGAAACUUGAAGAUUUUUGUUUGUUAUGACAUUUUGUGCCCCCCACCCCCCGUCAGCGAAGAAACAAAAACGCGCCUGAACGAUAGCGCUAACCUGUUGUUGGGAUGCCGAAGGGAAGAAAUCUUCCGCAAAAUACGCGACUUGCCGAUCGGAGCCUCCCCCCCCCCCCCCUUCUGUCCGGACACUUAAAAUGGACGCCGAGUAAACACGUGGUCAUUUGUGUCCCGUGAGCUGAAGAUUUCUUUUUUACAAAUUUUUUGACGAGCGAUAGCUUUGCCCGGCUUGGAAAAACAAAACAAAAAAAUCGCCCGAUUGGUAUCGUCCGGUUAAGCAUCCGCCAUUUUGAACCGCCACUUUCAGCAAGCUGGUUCUUGCUCGCCCUGAACAAUAACGAAUAUGAAUUGAAAACAAAGACGUUCUAUUUACGAGCCUCCAUCUUUGGUCACUUUUUUUCUUUGUGUUUGUAUUUAACAGAUUUCCUUUUUUUAAAAAAAAAAAAAAAAAAAAAAAGGACAUUUGUGUAAAUGAUUCUCAUAAUUUGUACAUUUUUUUUUACAAGUAUCAGCCACUUUUUUGUCUCUACGUAAUGAAUUCUCACUGUGCCUGUAUUAAAUGUGUAAUAUAUGAAUACAUACAAAUAUAUGAAUGACUACUUUGA